CGAAAACUGAAGAGCUUCCAGAUCGAAUUGCCUUGAGAUCGAAAUACCAUUCCAGCAUGGAUUCCUGAAAAUCUGUCAUUUCUGCAGUCAGGCCUCCUGCUUUGUUUUCGUCAUGGCCUGUGGAGAGCCUAUUUCCAUCGCCGUGGUUGGGAUAGGAUGCAGACUUCCUGGUGGAGCAAACAAUCCUGAGGCUCUCUGGUCGAUGCUUGCAGAAGGCCGCGAUGCCUGGUCGGAAAUACCGGAAGAUCGAUUUACUUGGAAGACAUUUUUCCAUCCAUCACCAGAAGCACAAGGUUUCAUGAAUCAUCGAGGAGGACAUUUCAUCCAACAAGAUGUUAGAGCGUUCGAUGCAGAUUUUUUUGGAAUCUCCCCCCUUGAGGCACGGGCGAUUGAUCCUCAGCAACGGCUCCUCCUUGAGACAUCAUAUGAAGCAGCGGAAAACGCUGGUAUCCCCCUAGAGGAAUUUAAAGGGACAGACACAGCCGUUUUUGCUGCAACAUUCGCUAACGAUUAUGAACGCUUGUUGUCGAAAGACCCCGGCGACCUCACACGAUACCACCUCGUCGGAACGGGAACUGCAACUUUCGCUAAUCGAAUAUCCUACACCUUUGACCUCAAAGGCCCAUCAGUGACGGUAGAUACCGGAUGCUCUGGAAGUCUCGUCGCUCUUCAUCAAGCAUGUCAGAGCCUACGCAACUUUGAAUCGAGCAUGGCCCUUGCAGGAGGCGCUGUGUUGAUAUUAUCGCCCGACCAAAUGAUUGCAAUGUCGCAGCAACAGAUUCUGAACAACGAGGGGCGUUGCUAUUCGUUUGACUCUAGAGGCCUUGGAUACGGUCGCGGUGAAGGCGCCGCAAUGGUCCUUCUCAAGCGUCUCGACGACGCAAUUCGCCACGGUGAUCAGAUUCGAACGAUCAUAAGGAACACUUAUGUCAACCAAGAUGGCCGGACUACCGGAAUAACUCUCCCAAGUCAGGAUGCCCAAGAGCGACUUGCUCAAGGCGCUUUCCGCGAUCUCAACUUCACCCCUGCAGACAUUCAGUAUAUAGAGGCUCACGGGACAGGAACACCUGCUGGCGACGAGGCUGAAAUUGGCGCCAUCAAAAAAAUUUAUGCUGUCCACAAAUCUCGAGAUCACCCAUUACUUGUGGGUUCCAUGAAACCUAAUAUCGGGCAUCUGGAGUCCGCGAGCGGUGUAGCAGGCUUGAUAAAAACGAUUCUAUGUAUGGAGAAAAGCUGCAUUCCCCCAAAUCUUCUAUUUUUGAAGGGCAAAGAAAGCUUGCAUCUAGAUCAAUCGAGCAUUGAGAUUCCAACCUCACAAGUCCCAUGGCCGUCUUCAAGACCGAAGCGAGCUGUGGUGAACAACUUUGGCUACGGAGGCACCAACGCCAUGGCAAUUCUAGAAGAGGCAGAUCUAGCCUCACUUGCAACCUCUACCCCCCGCCAAGCUAUUGCGAGGAAAUUCAUUUCCGAAACUCGCUUUCCUAGUCAGAAUCUAUUUCUAAUUUCGGCAAAAUCAGAGGUGUCACUUUCUCGAUACCUUGAUGCCAUGAUGACAUGGCUUCGAGGAAGUAGACCUCUGAAUUUCGCCGGCCUUGCGCUCACCCUGUCAUUGAGGCGAUCUGUUUUUCCAUGGCGGCGUGCAGUAAUUGCGAAUAAUCUCGCCUCAUUAAUAAACGGGCUAGAAGAGAAGACCCGAGUUCUACAGAAAGACCGCAAAUCUUGCGUAGUAUUUGUAUUCACUGGGCAAGGAGCACAGUGGCCGAUGAUGGGGCUUGACCUCAUGGUAUACCCCGAAUUCGCACGAUCGAUCCGUCUUUCGGAUGAUAUACUUCGUAACCUCGGUGCAUCUUGGAGCCUUGAGCGCGAACUUCAAUUAAGCGGUGAGAUGUCGAAGAUCCAUGAUAGCAGGAUAGGACAACCUGCUACAACUGCCGUUCAGGUAGCUUUGGUAGAUCUGCUGAAGACCUGGAACAUUACCCCUAAAGCUGUCAUUGGGCAUUCAAGCGGUGAGAUCUCCGCAGCAUACACUGCUGGUUUUCUAUCUCGCCAAGGAGCUCUUGAAGUUGCAUACCACCGCGGCUUCUUAGCAGAAAUAGCAAAAGAAAAAAUUGAUGUGCCUGGGGCAAUGCUAGCGGUGGGUUCAAGUGAGAACGAGGUACGCAGUCGAAUGGGCGUAUUGGGGAUAUCGGAUCGGGUCACCCUUGCCUGCGUUAACAGCCCUGCAUCCAUCACAACAUCUGGUGACCUAAGCGCUAUUUUGAGGCUGAAGGCAGCAUUAGAGACAGACGGAAUUUUCACUCGGCAUUUGAAAGUGGAUGCGGCGUAUCAUUCCCAUCACAUGGAAUCGGUAGCUUGCUACUAUCGUUCUAGACUUUCUAGCCUUACUACCGCCGCCAAAUCCCUCGGAGUGGAAUUCUACUCGACCGUGACAGCUCAAAAGAGAACCUCCAGUUUCGGUCCAGAGUACUGGGUUUCUAAUCUUGUCUCACCGGUAAAAUUUUCGAAUGGAUUAGAGGCAAUAUGCCAGGAUUUCAGCAACGCUGAGCACCUCAAUUUUGUCGAAAUCGGUCCUCACUCGGCACUCAAGGGACCCAUACAUCAAACCUUGUCGGCAUCGAGUGUUUCUCUCCCCUCUUGGCUAUACAUCCCUACUCUAAUUAGGAACGGGGAUGGGGUAAUGUCGUUUCUAGAAACAAUUGCUGCCCUUUUCGAAACAGGUGUCGAUGCAAAAUUUUAUCCGCAGCACGAAAACUCAUCCCUAGAGGCCAUCACUUCUUCCAUUCGGGAUCUUCCGCCUUACCAAUGGGAUCACUCGAAGAUCUUUUGGCAUGAACCCCGUCUGAGCUGGGAUUAUAGGUUCCGGCCCUUUUCCCCGCACGAGCUAUUAGGCACUCGGACUUUGACGUCUCCAGAGGAUGAGCCGAGUUGGUGUGUUCUCCUUGGCCGAGACAGUCUUCCAUGGCUCGAAGAUCAUCAAGUGGAUGGCUUCGUCAUCUUCCCUGCUACAGCAUACUUGGCUAUGGUAAUGGAAGCUAUCCGGCAGUGGAAGCGUGGCAGUAACUUUCCGGAUACCACCUUUAAAUUUCGUCGAGUAUCGUUAAAGCGUACACUCAGCCUACCAGAAUUGCCCAACCGGGUUGAGAUGGUCCUCACCCUGAAGUUGAAUGACACUCUGUGGUCUGAUUUUCGGAUUUUCUCCCUAUCGGACGGUAAUUGGCGAGAGCACUGCCAGGGACAGAUCAAAAUCUUUUCGACAUUAGGAGUGAUGGAAGACCGUGAACAGUGUCAAGAGGAAUCCCUUGUUACUCGGCAACAAAAGCUAAGCCUGCAACAUUUCACUGAACUAUGUUCAGAGAAAAUUAAACCAGAAACCUUGUAUGAGACGUUACGACUCCUUGGUAACGAGUAUGGAUCCUCAUUUGCCUUGAUUAAGAAAAUUUCGGUCUCUCAGUCAGCGGCAAUAGCCACAGUCUCCAUUCCGGAUACAGCCACUAUCAUGAGAGCGAAUUAUUCGUCGCCAUACAUCAUCCAUCCCACUGUAUUAGAUGCAGCCCUGCAAACUGCCGUUCUUCUCUUCUCAAGAAAACAGCGCAUUCGUGCCGCAAUGCCGAUUGCUAUCCAGGGCAUUAAUGUAUCACCACGCAACAUCCACCCAGCCGGAGUGGAGCUUAUAGUCACUUGCGAGCUUCGGGAUGUUUUUCUAAACUCUGCGACGUUUGACCUCGUAGGAUUUCAGGCAGACACAUCUGGAGAGCUUCAACCCGUAUUUUCAUGCUAUGGUGGUGAACUGCGGGCUACCAGUGAACGGACAAGCGCUUUGCAGUCCAAUGCAGAGGAUACCGUGUUUGAAAUGAGAUGGAGCAUAGAUCCUGCUUCGAUAACCGCCGAAGAUUUAGAAUCUCUGGAUAGAGAACCGGAGCUUGACAUCGAACAACAAGAAAGAAAGCUUAAGCGCCUCCUGAACGCAGCUAACUUCUUCAACCAACAGGCGGCAGAACAAUUGAGACAUUUAGAUCGGAGACCAGUGGACUCUUAUGCAGGUUUAUUUGAUCUGAUGGCCAGACAUGCAAAAUCCGGGAGCACAGAGAAUCUACUAACCAACCAGCAAGACGUUCUUCACGAUCUAUCGAAUUUAGGGGUGGAGGGAGAGUUGCUUGCACGGGUGGGACCUUCUCUUAGCUCCAUCCUUACUGGAGAAACCGAUCCACUCGGGCUAUUGCUUGAGAAUCAACUGCUUUAUCGAGUCUAUCAAGACGACUGCACACGCCGUUGCAAUACUUAUCUCAUCAAUUACAUUCAGCAUCUGGCUUUCAAGAACCCUGCCCUCCGAAUUUUGGAGAUUGGAGCAGGCACUGGCGGAUCGACGAUCCCAUUAUUCUCAGCCUUGAGUCCGACUGGUCAAGCAUUCGCUACAGUCUACGACUUUACGGAUGUUUCAUCGGGUUUCUUCGAGCAAGCUAAGGUAGGUUUGAAAAAUUGGGAAAAUCUCAUUACAAUGAAGUCGCUAGAUAUCGAGAAAGACCCCCGGAAACAGGGGUUCGAGGAACACUCUUACGACGUGGUCAUCGCUGGCAACGUCCUUCAUGCAACCCAAACAAUCUCGGUUACGCUUUCGAAUGUACAUAAGCUGUUGAAGCCUGGGGGUGUCCUGGCUUUAACCGAGUUGACCAGGAGCAGUGCCAUGUUUGAUAUGACGUUCGCUCUUCUCCCUGGAUGGGGUUCGAGGAAUAACGAUGGAAGAUAUGAUAGCCCCCUACUGUCCGUCGACAAAUGGGAUACUCGCCUCCGCCAUUCUUCAUUUACCGGGGUUGAGUUGGCUGCAUAUGACUUUCCCGGACCAUCCCGUAGAGUUGCUUUCUUGAUUUCCAGAACCAAGAUUCCAUCCGAAUCGAACGGCUAUCACGUACAUCAUGCAAAAGUACUGAAUCACCUUCAUCCAGAUCAUCUGGGUCACCAGCUAGUCGCAUCAUUGCGUAAACAGUUAACUUGCGUAGGAUGCCAAACAGCGAGUGAAUCAUGGUCCCAUGAUGAGUUCGACAGCACCGCAACAUAUAUCAUUAUCGAUUCCUCAAGCAACCCCGUCCUAGCAAACUGCGCAGAAGAGCCUUUCCAAAGGAUCAAAGUCAUUUUAACCAAAGGGGCAAAGAUCGUCUGGAUAAAUCUAGCCGAUUCCAAUGCUACACAAGAUCCCGGAGGUAGCUUAGCAGCUGGGUUUGCUAGGACCGCUCGGUCAGAGUACGAGUCGAUCGAUUUGGUUACGAUUGAUGUCCAGCAUGACUUCAACAGUUGCCAUCAAAGAAUAACUACUCAAUUGGCUCUCAUUAUUUCCCAAGACAAUAGCUCUUCCAAAUUGAAGAUUGCGGAAUUCGAAUAUCGACUUGUGAAUGGGAAAUUGCAUAUUCCUAGGAUCGUUAAAAAUGAAAAACUUGAUGCAACCAUAUCGGACACUUCCCUUGAUAGGCAGAAUGAGGCUACCGACUUUCACUCACAUAGCCGCCCCUUGAAAUUGAAAGUUGGUACUCCUGGUCUACUUAACACGCUUCAAUUUAUAGAUGACGAUGGUCCCUCAAGUCUUGGAUUUGAUGAUGUGGAAAUUGAGGUCCAUGCCUGCGGGAUCAACUUUAAAGAUCUUUGGAUUGCUCUAGGCCAAAUGAGAUCAACGGAUAACAUGGUCGGUGAAUGCGCCGGAAUAGUCAGAAAUGUCGGCGAAAACUUCAUCGACAGGUUCAGCAUCGGAGAUCGAGUAUGUGCCCUAACAGCGACUCCAUACUCCAGCAAAGCUCGAGCAAACGGGCAUGCCGUCCAUAAGCUGCCACAUUCGAUGUCGUUCAUUACCGCAGCAUCCAUACCAGUAGCUUUCUGUACAGCCUAUUACAGUCUUGUCAGAGUCGCACGUUUACAACAUGGCCAGCGUGUUCUCAUCCACGCUGGUUCAGGUGCGCUCGGGCAAGCGGCAAUCCAGAUUGCUCGAUCUUACGACGCUGAGAUUUUCACAACCACGGGCACUGUAUUCAAGCGGCAACUCCUUACAAGCGAGUUGGGCAUUCCGGAAGAUCAUGUUUUCAGCUCUCGAACAACGGCCUUCAAGAACGGUAUCCUUCGAAUGACGCAUGGGCAGGGAGUAGACGUUGCUCUUAAUGCACUCUCGGGUGAGAUGCUACAUAGCACCUGGGAAUGCAUUGCUGAAAUGGGUACCUUUGUGGAAGUCGGGAAGAUGGAAAUCCGUCGAAACGCGCAGCUUGAUAUGGAGCCUUUCGAUAAGAACAUCACUUUCGCCUCCGUGGAUAUGAUUCUGCUAGCACGCCGCCGACCUGAUAUUGUCCAAGGGAUUCUUAGUAUUGUCCUCUCUAUGUUCGAUAAUGGCACUCUACAGCCGGUAUUACCAGUCACCGCAACGCCCAUCUCCGAAAUCGAGACCGUGUUUAGAAUGAUGCAAGCGAGGAAACAUACCGGGAAGCUUGUGUUGGAUACUGCACCUGGCAAGUCAGUAUCCGCAAAAGUACAACCGUUGCGCUUGAAAGUGGAUGGCACGUACGUGAUAGUUGGAGGUCUAGGGAAGCUUGGGAGACAGAUUUGCAGUCACCUCAGCGCUCUCGGUGCCGGAUAUAUUAUUCUACUCUCGAGGCAAAUCUUCCCACCACAAGACCAAGCCGAAGUCGAAAAAGAGCUCAGCAACAAGAAAACCCACGUCCGCAUCAUAUCUUGUGAUGUUAGCAAAUUAGAGGAUGUGCGGAAGCUCUCAUGUGAACUUUCUACUGAUUUCCCGCCUUUAAAGGGGAUUUUGCAAGGUCCUAUGAUUCUUCGAGAUCGAAGCCUUUCCGACAUGACAGUCGACGAUCUACAGUCAUCGAUUGCACCAAAAUAUCAGGGCACGCAGAAUUUAGUAGAGGUUUUCCGGAAUACAGACUUGGACUUUUUCGUCAUGCUAUCUUCGCUCUCGGGAAUUGUUGGUCUGCCAGGACAGGCGAAUUACGCAGCCGGGAAUACGUACCAAGAUCACGUUGCUCAUGGAGACGACUUUGGAUGUUGGAAGAACGUUAAGUCGCUGGAUAUGGCGGUACUAUCUGACACUCAUGUGAUACCAAAGGAACAGCAAAUGAAGCUUCUUCGUAGAGGUAUUCUGUCGAUAUCGAAUGAGGUGUUAUUUCCUUAUCUGGACUAUGCAAUGGACACACGAAAGACAGGGGGAUCUACAAAUCAGAUUCUCAUCGGACUGGAUAUGCAGGCUGCAUCAGAGGACAACAAGUCCUUCUACUCCAGAAACCCAAUCUUCAGCCAGGUUUUUGCUUCAAAUCAGCAUGGUCGAGUUUCUCCGUCAUCCACAAUCACCAAGACCCCCAUCGAGAAGCUCCAAUUGCUUUGUCUCGAAUCUCCAGAGGACAGGGGAAAUUUAAUCGCGGACGCUAUCCGAGAGAAGGUUUCAUUGCUGGUGGCAAUGAAUUACGACAAUAUCAACAUCGCUACUCCAAUUGUGAAUUUUGGGCUGGACUCGCUGAUCGCGAUUGAGUUGAAGAAUUGGAUCACGAAAGUUUUACAUGCUCCCAUGCAAACUUCCGAUAUUCUAGAUUCUCCAAGUAUCGCGGCGCUAACCAAAGUAAUUAUGCAAAGAAUGGAACCAAUUGUGUCCCAGGUUAAGGAUACCGCUGGUGCCCUACGAACUUUAGACUUGCACCCCAAUCUAGACGAGAACUUGGCCAACCCGGACGACUUGUGUACUCGUGCCGAAUUACCAAAAUUACCUCUUCCAAGUCUUGAAGCCACCCUAGAGACAUUCCAGAAUUCAGUGCGAUCUUUUGCUACCCGCGAGGAACUCAUUGCGACCCGUGCAGUCAUUAACGAGCUUCUACAACCGUCUAGUGUUGGCCACAAGCUGCAAGCUCGUCUGGAGAGGCUCGACCGUGACGCUGCCACUCAAUGUUGGCUAAAAAGUAUCCACGACAAGACUUUCUGGCUUGAACGACGAGCUCCUCUGCGACCGAGCAUGAACUUCUUCUCGACCCAUGCACUUACAGAACGUCAGUAUGGACAAGCGGAGAAAGCAGCGCUCAUCUCUCUUGCCGCCUUUGAGUUUAAGCAAAAGCUCGACAGAGGCGAGAUUUCGCAAGAUAUCGUCAAUGAGGAACCGCAAUGCAUGGAGUCGUUGGAUUGGGUUUUCAACGCGUAUCGUAGGCCAGGAUUGGGCUGUGAUACUACCCUAAGAUUUCCUGGAAAUGAUUAUAUCGUUGCGAUGAGAAAUGGCAACGUCUACAAGAUUCCACUUUUGGAGCAUGAGGCGACGAUUUCUCACGCUAAAUUUACUGCAAUUUUCCAAACAAUCCUCCAGGAUGCUCGAACGGAUACUUGCUGGGCAAGCGUUUUGACUGCAGACGAGCGAAAUCAAUGGGCAAAGGUGAGGGCUCUCGCGAUCGACGCAAAUCCUUCUAAUGAGGAAUAUUUCUCUGUGAUUGAGAAGGCGCUUUUCGUUGUAUGCUUGGACGGUGGGGCACCACAAACUUCAGAAGAGCGUGUGCGGCAUUUCCUUCUUGACGAUAACCGUAAUCGGUGGAACGACAAAACUCUCUCUUUUAUUGUGUGCGAGAAUGGUGUGUCGGCGUUUUGGUGCGAGCAUUCCAUGAUCGAUGGGACGACGCUCGAACAAUUAGCUCAAGCUGUCAAUCUGGCAGCAAAUGAUUCCUUGGCAUGUCCUACAAAGAGGGAUGUUGACAUCAUGGAGGGUCGAGACUUUGCACGAUAUACAUUCGUAUCCAAUUCCGCCAUCAAUGCGCAUAUCGACUCGGCCCGACAGCAAUAUCUCGAAAGCAUCAAAGAUGUGGACUUUUCAACACUCCAGCUACCAAAUUUUGGUGAGCGCUUUCUACGGCGGCACAAAAUUCCACCAAAAGGUGCCCUUCAAUGCAUUAUAUCUCUCGCGGCAAAACGACACUUCGGCUACAACCCUGCAUCUUAUGAGGCCGUCUCCAUGCGCUCUUUCCACCUUGGACGUCUCGACAUCUACCAGGUUCACACUCCCGAAAUGGACACCUUCGUAUCGGCCACCGAGAAUCCACAUCCAAAUCCUGAAUCUAUGUCAGCUCUCCGAAAGCUGCUUCACGAAGCGGCCAAAUCUCACGCCGCGGGCCUUGCAAAGACGUCACGCGGACGGGGCUGGGAUCGCCAUAUCUCAGCUCUCCGAGCUGUGCUAAAGCCCGGCGAGGAGGAACCGAAAUUCUUCCGGGAUCCAGUGUAUGUGAAAACGAGACCAAGAAAGGUGUUUGUUAGUUUUAGCAGGACAGGGAGUCCAGAGUGGGGGAGUGUCUGGAGGGAUCCAGAGGCGCUUUAUAUUGGGGUUGAGGUUUUUGAGGACAGGUGGGAGUAG